UCACAACUUGGGGAGCCAACAUUCACAAUUUCUCUUUUUCAUAAUGUUACAAAUUUACAAAAUAUCAGCUAUAUUUUAUUUCAGAUUUUUCAGUAAUGAUUUUUUUUUUGUUUUCUAAAACAUCAAGCAUGUUGAAGUCUCCUGUCACACUAAAUCGCAUUUAUUGAAACUUUUGUUGUUUUUGUCAGACAUGUGUUUGCAAAUUCCGCCCCAAAUAUUUUUUUCUUGAGUAAAAAAUGAAAAAUUAGCAAUGCGUGUGAACUGGAAACCCCUUUUGAGUCUCGGGUGCGUGUUUUGGGGCUUCAUUUACCUCACCGACUUGCUGGGGGACUCGACAUGGAAGCGCUGCUCCCACUCUUUCGAGGACAUCCUCAACGGCCAAUUCCGGGAACUCAGCAAAAAACACCGAAGCAAUUUCGAAACUCCUGAAACUGCGACAAAACUAAACUGGCCGAUUUUGCUCUGGAACGUCUGCGCCUUUUUGUGCUCUUUGGUGUUUUGCUCAGUGGUCAAGUCGAUGUCUUGGGUGGUGUGGCGAGUGUUCAAAAUCUACAACGUUUUCAGGAAUCGCCAAGUGUUGACGAAUCGCCUGAAAGUGGCUGAAAGCGAGUCGAGUCCUGAGCCGCUGAAGGAGCAAAUCAAGCGCGAAAUGGAGGAGUUGGAGAAGGAGAAGAAGGAGUUGUCCCAACAGCUGGUGUUGGCCCAGAAGGAGAAUCUAAGUGCAAGACAACAGAUCGAGGAGUACAAAUUGGAGACUUUCAUGAUGAAGGAGAAGUUGGCCCGAACUGCGAGCACGCUGAAAGAAAACCUGAAAUACAAGGACUACGCCAGCGCCAACCAAGAAGUAAUUUCGCGAAAAGCGCACAAUUUGGAGCUGCAUUUGAAGGAAAUCAGCCGGGAUAGGGACCUCCUCAGGAGCAAAUUGGCCACUCUUGAGAAAAACUACUCGAAACUCGAGGAAAAACUAAAAUUGUAUGAGAAACAAGACAGUGAAAGCAACCUCGAGCAACUACCAGAGAAGGAUGUUGCGAGUAAACCACUCACUGAACAAUCGGAGAUUUCUACUUCUGAUCCUCCCGCUGAUAUCUGUAAUUUUCAAAAGAAAAUUAUGGAGUUGCAAAAAAGUAUUGGGACUUUUGAACCGACCAAAGUCGAGUUUGAGGCCAAUAGUAAAAUUUCAGUGGAUUUGGACGAGUCGAGUCUUGACACCUCCAAGGAGAACGACUGCGAGGUGUUGCACCAGAAAAAGGCCGAUCUUAAUGUCGUCAAGCAGAAUAUUUUGAACUACAAUGCAUACAAGGCCCAAAUGCUGCGUCCGAAGAUGAAGCUCUCCAACAUCAAAGAGCGCCUAUACUCCCCCACCGACACCACGGGGUCCUCCUCGGACGACAACAGUGGCCCCCAGAGGAUCAUCAGCAGCACCGUCGAGUUCCAAAAUUUCCUCAAGACCUUGAGCGCCAAUAGCAGUAAUUUUAAUUUUAAUAAAACAUGUUUCUGAGACUCAAAUAAACAUCACUUGGAGUAGU